UUACUCAGGGACACAGAAUUGUUACUCAGGGACACAGAAUUGUUACUCAGGGACACAGAAUUGUUACUCAGGGACACAGAAUUGUUACUCAGGGACACAGAAUUGUUACUCAGGGACACAGAAUUGUUACUCAGGGACACAGAAUUGUUACUGAGAGACACAGACACAGAAUUGUUACUCAGGGACACAGAAUUGUUUGUUACUCAGGGACACAUAAUCGUUGAAUUAAAGAGUAUGUCAGACAACAUGCAGAGGAGUGGCAGAGGAGGCAAUGUUUUAGGAGCGAGCAGACGUGGCAGCAGAGAGGAAGGGGUCGAGGCAGCACUAGUCGCAGCCAGAGGCCAGUGCUCCCGGUGUCAUCCAGCGGUCGUGUCUCCACCGACAACCCUGCCGUCAUCGAUUGGUUGGCUCGGUCGUCUUCCUCUUCCCAGGUCACCUCUGACACCUACAGCCAACGGUCGGUGUGUACGUCAGACACAACCGUUAGUUGGCAUGGCCCGGGAGCAAGCCCACUGAAAUCACGUGUCCUCUACCUGCCCCUGUCCUUUGCUGUUCCCUCACCAAGCGAAGUAUCGCAUGCUGUGGGCUCAGCCCCACUGUACAGUGAGGAAGAGCUAACAGAGGGCGGUCAGGAACGGGGGGAGACAUCCGCCUCUUCAGCAGCCAGGCGAAGAAGUACUGGCGAGGAGAGUGGCUCGGUAGCCGGUCUAGAGACAGGUCUGUCUCCUGACCCA